UUCUAGCCCUAAUACCGUAAGACGCCUGUACAUUGUGUCUGCAUUUUUCAAUCUAGCUUGUUUUCAAUUCAAAUUCGGUUUGAAAACUUUGUGUUUCUGCAUGAUGGCAAAUUCUACCAUGUUCGAAACUUGUCCAAUCGACAUUCAUCAUCAAACUACCGAUAGCGAGAUUCUGGAAGAAUUACCAUCGCUCUUCAACACGCCGGGCGUGGAAUUUGAGAGUUUUUCCGGCUUCAGUGUUGCUCGAAAUAUCAACCAAAAUUUGGACUCGUUCGACACUAGAUUCUCUCGCCUUUCUCCUUCAAAGCCUAACUCGGGGACAUCUUACCCAUCAGCAUCUAGAUGUUUGUGGAGAAAAUAUGGAGUUGAAACCCAUGAUGACCAAGUAGGGGGAGGAGAAAAACUAGGACCUCACGAGAUGGCCGUUUAUGGAACGAAUGUAGAUGAAAGAAUACUUCCAGGAUUUGAAUACCACGUGCGCAUCCCAACCAGGAAUAGGAAAGACCGUUUCCAGUUUGGUGGCCGAGCACUGCACCUCCUUCGUAUUGGACAGGGUUAUGGGAAACGCCUCACUUUCGAAGACAAGCACGCCAACAUCAACACAAACUUCUUCUGGUCAGACACCCUCCCUAACGGCUAUGCAUUCACCAUUAGAGCCGUCCAACCAGGCGAUGAAUUUGUCCUGUGCCAUCAUCAGAACCGACGUCCGUUCGGUCAUGCAACCGUCGUCGCCACAAGCCAGCAUCAAGUGGAGAUCAGCUCCUCGAUCACCAAAGAUAAGGACAUCGUGAAGAAGGUGAUCGUCGCGAUGCAUAUUUCGGUGAGAUACACGUGUGAGCCGCAUGGCAUGAUGUCAUUGAGAGCAGAUGAGCUCGUAGACGUGAUGGGGGUCGCUGUCGUUAGGAAAAGUGCCAAAGAAUCGAGAGCGAUCACAAGGUGCAUUGAAGAGGUGGAGAUUCCUGGGCACGGUGAAUGUCUUCUCUACAAUGAGGAUGAUUAAGGAAACACUGACUCGAACUUCGAAGUUUAAUGGCGAUAUGUCUUUCCUUAUAUAGUUUCGGUAUCACUAUCACUAUCAGGUUAAUACUGAUGUGUCGGCCUAGUUUCCAUCCAUUCAUGCUUAAUGAGUGAGUGAGGAGAUUUUAUCCCCCACCCAUCUCCUCACUUUUUUUUCUUGAAGAUAUUUCUGCCAAUGCCAAGUGGAACUACUGAAUAAUUGCACCUAUUCUCAUCUCAACGUUAACAUGAAGUUACAAUUCUGACAGGACAAACUUGAGGUUCAAGGGGGUGACCUCCCCCCCCCCCCCCCC